AUAAGGGGGGGGGGGGGGGGGAGCCAAACAAACCCACAGCAACCCAGUGAUUCCGGUCCUGAAAGCCUUUGGUAACACAUAAAGCAAACCCUCUUUCUUCCUUGGAGACGCUGGGAAAAACCUUGUGUCUCAUUUCAUCUCAGCCUUCCCGAGAUGACCCAACCCUUCCUGAAAACCGCCCACUUAUAUAUAUAUAUAUAUCCCCCCCACCGGCUCUUUCUAUUCUUUCCUAUGCCUAGCCUUUCCCCUUUUCCACGCCCUCGGUGCCACCUUGGCUGUUUUUGGAGACGCCAAACCCUGGGCAAGGGGUAGGAGUCAGGAGGCGCCUUGUGGCGCAGAGAGAACUCCCUUGCGCCCUGGAAGGCGGCAGGAGAGGUAAGAAGGAGGAGGCAAGCCCGAGCUCUGCCAGGGUGGGUUCCCCUCCUUCCUCCCCUUCUUCCUUCCACCCACCCUGCUUGCCUUCCAAGCCGGGCAGGUUCUGCCAUCUAGAGCGCUUGCCGAGAUCUCUCUAAUCCGCUGGCUUUCCCCUCUCUCCCCGCUCUCUUGCUCCUCUUCUUUCCACCCACCCACACACCCGUGUCCCUGUCUUGGUGGAUGCGCGUGUGUCUGUGAGGAGCGGCAUCCCCCUCCUUUGCUCGCUCUCUCUCUCUCUCUCUCUCUCUCUCUCUCUCUCUCUCUCUCUCUCUCUCUCUCUCUCUCUCUCUCUCUCUCUCAUACAUCCACACGUACACGCGGAAACAGGCGCUGCUUCGCGUGAACUUGGACACUUGGCAUGUGGUACCCUGGGAUGCCUUGGCAAACGGACCCUUGACAAAGCGCCAGGAUGCUUAGCCAUUCAAAACGAGUGUCUUUCGGAAAGCAAGAGGCACAAGUUUAAUCUUUUGCCUCCUGUUUCUCCUCUACUACACACACCGUCUUUUCCCCCUUCCUUCUUUUUGGUGUUGUCUUUCUCUCUCUGUGAGUGAGUGUGCUGUGGAUAUUACUGAGUGAGGAGUCUCCUGGCUGUAGUCAUUUGGACUCCGCUGAAUCAGGUUCCAUCUGCAAGCAUCCUUCGCUUUUUUUGCCUUGCUGGAUCUGGAUCGACUGGGGAUUCUAAAAAUAUUGUGGUUCCAUCUGCCUCUGAAGAAAAGAAGGAGGGAGAAAGAAAGCAAGCAAGCAAGAAAAGGGGAGGAAUGGCAUAGCAAGCCAAAGUCGGUCCCUUCCGGAGGUUGGUUUAUCAAACCAAGGAUCAAUGUGAUUUCUGAAAGGAUGUCUGAAUGUGUCAAGAGACCUUUUCUGAUCAAGAACAAGACCAUUUAGUGCCUGCACACAAACUGCUCAGUGACAGAUGCUGCAUGCAAAACUGUAAAGCCUCCUCCUGAAAGCUGUCCAAUACAUACAUUGACCGGUCCCGUUGUGUGAUUUACCAUGGAAAAAUUGUUUUGUAGCAUCCUGGUGUUUGGAAUCGCUGUUGUGGUCAACGCUUGUCCAAAAUAUUGUGUCUGCCAGAACCUUUCUGAGUCACUGGGGACUCUUUGCCCAUCCAAGGGUCUUCUUUUUGUACCACCAGACAUUGACAGAAGGACUGUUGAACUCCGGCUUGGGGGAAACUUCAUUAUUAACAUCAGUAGACAGGACUUUGCAAACAUGAGUGGACUUGUUGACCUUACAUUGUCUAGAAAUACGAUCAGCUACAUACAGCCCUAUUCUUUUGCUGACUUGGAAAGCCUACGCUCCUUGCAUUUGGAUAGUAAUAGGCUGCCUGAUAUUGGGGAGGACAUUUUGAGAGGCCUGAUUAAUCUUCAGCAUUUGAUUCUAAACAACAAUCAGUUGGGAUAUAUAUCAGAUGAAGCAUUUGAAGACUUCUUGGUGACCUUAGAAGAUCUGGAUCUUUCCUACAAUAACCUUAAAGGUAUCCCUUGGGAAUCUAUAAGGAAGAUGGUAAACUUGCAUCAGAUCAGUUUGGACCAUAAUUUACUGGAUUAUAUUACAGAGGGGACCUUUGCGGAUCUUCAGAAAUUGGCCAGGUUGGAUUUAACAUCUAACAGACUUCAGAAGCUCCCUCCUGAUCCCAUAUUUGCCAGAUCCCAAACAUCUCCAUUAACCUCAACUCCAUUUUCCCCACCUUUAUCUCUGAGCUUUGGAGGAAACCCUUUACACUGUAACUGUGAGCUGCUUUGGCUGCGGCGUCUUGACAGAGAUGAUGAUAUGGAAACGUGUGCUUCUCCUCCAGGUCUAAAAGGGAGGUACUUUUGGUAUGUCCGGGAGGAGGAGUUUGUUUGUGAGCCCCCUCUGAUCACCCAGCAUACUCACAAACUAUUGGUUUUAGAAGGACAAACAGCCACUUUAAAGUGCAAAGCCAUUGGAGAUCCAUCUCCAGUCAUUCACUGGGUUGCACCAGAUGACCGGCUGAUUGGGAAUUCUUCAAGGACAGCUGUUUAUGACAAUGGCACCUUGGAAAUCCUGAUCACAACUUCCAAGGAUUAUGGGAAAUUCACUUGCAUAGCGGCUAAUGCUGCAGGAGAGUCCACUGCAACAAUUGAAUUGUCCAUUGUCCAGCUUCCACAUCUCAGUAAUGGUACGGGUCGAGCAGCUCCACCCAAAUCAAGAUUGUCGGAUAUCACCAGCUCCAGCAAGUCUAAUCGAGGGGAAACCAAAGGGCCACCAGAAAGAGCAGUCUUGAUCUCUGAGGUGACAACUACCUCAGCAUUGGUCAAAUGGACAGUGAGCAAAUCAGCUCCAAAAGUUAAAAUGUACCAGUUACAAUAUAACUGCUCGGAUGAUGAAGUCCUAAUUUAUAGGAUGAUUCCUGCAACAAAUAAGGCUUUCGUGGUGAACAACCUGGUUUCUGGAACAGGCUACGACCUUUGCGUCCUGGCCAUGUGGGAUGACACUGCUACAACGCUCACUGCUACCAACAUUGUGGGCUGUGCCCAGUUCUAUACCAAAGAGGACUAUCCCCAAUGCCAUUCCAUGCAUAGCCAGUUCCUGGGGGGAACAAUGAUUCUCAUUAUUGGGGGUAUCAUCGUGGCAACUCUGUUGGUGUUUAUUGUCAUACUCAUGGUUCGGUACAAAGUUUGCAACAAUGCUCCGGGAAAGAUGGCCAACGUUAGCAAUGUUUAUUCACAAACCAAUGGAUCCCAGCCUGUCCAGAAUGGGGUCCUUCCACAAGUCAACCCCAAAGUGGUGGUAAGGAAUGAGCUAAUGGAGUUUAACUGUGAGUCAGCACACAGCAGUAUCUCCUCUUCAUCAAGCUCUGUGAAUAGUCGUGACUGUGAUGGCUACAGUCUUCAAAGUGAGCAGGGAACAUUGUCCAGUAAAUGGAGACCCCCGUCAAGGUCAAAGCACAAUAACAUUGACCGGCUUAUGGGAGCUUUUGCGUCGCUGGAACUGAAGUGUCAGAAAAAGGAGGAGGCAAUAGAUUCCAGGACUUCAACAGUAGCCCGUCACUCAGACAAGGAGCCACUGCUGGGCCAGCAGGAAUCCAAAUUCCGUAGCCUCCUCAUGUUACCGUUGGAGGGUAAAACUAAACGUAGCCAUUCUUUUGACAUGGGGGACUUUUCCACCUCACAAUGUUGCAAUUACCCCAAAAAGAUUACAAACAUUUGGACAAAACGUAGUCUGUCAGUGAACGGCAUGCUUUUGCAAUAUGAUGACAGUGACCUAACUGGGGCAAAGGGGACUUAUGGGAGCUCUGAGUGGGUCAUGGAAAGCACAGUGUAAAUAAGAGUUGUCCUCCACUCUAUUCUUAGUCCCUCUGAACAUAACAAGGUCCAUGAUUGUUAAAACAAAAAGGCCAUAAAUAUAAUGGGAGGAAAAGGGGGAAAAACAGAGAAAGCGACACACAUGGAGCUGUAUAUUGGUCAGUAAAUAUUAAAGUAAGAAAAAGAAAUAAGGUUGAAGGAGAGAAAUUAUGACAUGUUGGUAAAGGGUUCUCUGGGUGUGUUUAUGAGAGAUAGAGGAGAGAGAGAGAGAGAGAGAGAGAGAGAGAGAGAGAGAGAGAGAGAGAGAGAGAGAGAGAGGAGCUGAUUAAAUGUCUCCAAAAUAUUUGUUCUGUGUGGGUGAAUGUCUGAACCUGAUCACCAGUAGUGUUCAGUACUUGUUUCUCGGUGAAAUGUUGAACAAGAAUAAAUGAGGAUUAACACAGGUGAAGAACACAUCUUUAAUUCAAAGGGGCAUUCCCUCCCUCUUCAUUUUUCUCAUUGUGUAAAAACACUUCCAUGGAUAUAAGGCUGAAAGCAAAAGAACCACAGCUGCCACUGCAUAAAGGAAACAUCUGGAGAAAUGGAGCAUGUAUACACAAAACCAACUUUACAGCAUAACUCUCAUGAUGGUGUCAGCAACAUGUGGAGAUUUACUUGCCAUUGCUAUUUUUCCUUAGAAUAAAAAGGUUUCAUUUUUUUAAUGUUUGCCUUUCCUUCACUUCUUUUCCCCCAUAUUUUUGGCAGCACCGGAAAACUUUAAAAAUAACAUUUACCUGGCCAUUUUCAGUUUUCUUUCUCAUCUUUCCACCCCCUCUUUUUUACACUAUAAGGGAAAAUUAUUAAGUAUACUGUUCAGUUUUUCACUCUCCACACAUAGCCCAUUUCAUACGUGGUUCCUUGUUUUGCACAAAGCAGACUGUCAGAGAUUAAGGGUAGAUAGUGUAAAGGUUUUGUCUCAGAGAUGGCAAUGGGUGAAGAGAAUAUAACCCAGGUUUUCCGUUCUAAAGGAAGUGAAGAAGGAAGUUGCUCUGGUGAACUCUUCAUAAAUUGCUCCUAGUGAAGGUUAUACUGUUGCUGUUUGUUCAACUGAGGAAAAAAAUUGUAGACUCACAUGCAAAUUAGGCCUUUGUGCUGCAUACCCCAAAAGGAUGUACCAUGAAAACAAGAGCACAAAAUGUGAAGUUGUUAGGCAUGUCUUGUGAUUGAAUUACUAUGAGGGUGUUCCCCAUGAGCCACGGAAACAAGAUGUGUUGUAGAACAGAUGACAUUUCAGGUUCAACUGUUCAGCAUCUUAAUCCUUUUUCCUACUCCUUACCAAUUCAGAUCUUUCUCUCUUGCCAAGGUCCAUGUCCAUCGGAGACCAUAUUUUAUGGCCUGUCAACUGAUAAUCAAAAUCAUUCAUAUGACCAUUGUCACAGUAUCUGACAUUAUUCUGGAUACAUGUGUUUCCACCCUUCUGACUCAUGACUACUGUGAAUCUUUUGCAUUUUUCAACAAUGAGAGCAAUUGCCUUUAAUUCCAAAUCAUUGUCUGUAUUUGUUUGCUCCCAAGGUUUUGGUCUACUGGGAUUCACAUUCUAAAAUAGCACAUUAUUUAUUAUUUCAAAACAGUGUGCAGAAGGAGAAAAAGAUUGUAAAGUGCAGAAGAAGCAGAUACACACAUACAAAAUCUCUAUGUAUUAUUUUUUUUAAGAGAAAAGGCUCAGAGAUAUAUUGUGACAUGACUGUGUAUUUGAUCUUGUUAUUUGUCAUGUUUCCUAUUUGAAGUUUUAGAAAAAAUAUCCCUGUGAUCAAAAUAUUUUCUUCCCCAUCCCCUCCCCACCCUCUUUUUGCUACAAAAUGUGUACAGUAAAAAAAAUGAACCUA